CAGGCUCCCUUUCCCUCUAUAUUAUUUUGUUAGGAGUUCAGUGGUGUACAAACAGUUUAUUUACUAGAUUUAUUUGUUCGUUUUAAAGUUUUGUUCGUUUGAAGCGUAAAGUUAAUCCGAUCCAAAAUGUCUGAGGAGUCGUCAGCGGAUCGCAAUGUCGAAAUAUGGAAGAUCAAAAAGUUGAUCAAGAGCUUGGAAAUGGCGAGAGGGAACGGCACAUCAAUGAUCUCGCUGAUUAUCCCCCCCAAAGACCAGAUCUCGCGCGUGUCCAAGAUGUUGGCGGACGAGUUCGGCACCGCGUCCAACAUCAAGUCGCGUGUCAACCGUCUGUCCGUGCUCGGAGCCAUCACCUCCGUACAACAUCGAUUGAAGCUCUACACUAAAGUUCCCCCAAACGGUCUCGUGAUCUACUGCGGAACGAUCGUCACCGAGGAGGGCAAAGAAAAGAAAGUGAACAUAGACUUCGAGCCGUUCAAGCCGAUCAACACGUCUCUGUACCUGUGCGACAACAAGUUCCACACGGAGGCCCUCACGGCGCUGUUAGCCGAUGAUAACAAGUUCGGUUUCAUAGUCAUGGACGGUAACGGGGCUCUGUUUGGUACUCUACAGGGUAAUACUCGGGAGGUCCUCCACAAGUUCACCGUAGACCUGCCCAAGAAGCACGGUCGAGGAGGUCAGUCUGCGCUUCGUUUUGCCCGGCUCCGUAUGGAGAAACGUCACAACUACGUGAGGAAGGUGGCCGAGGUGGCCACCCAGCUCUUCAUCAGUGCGGACCGUCCGAAUGUGGCCGGUCUCAUCCUUGCUGGUUCGGCGGACUUCAAGACUGAGCUGAGUCAGUCGGAUAUGUUCGAUCCUCGUCUCCAAUCCAAAAUCAUCAAGCUGGUGGACGUGUCGUAUGGAGGCGAGAACGGGUUCAACCAGGCUAUUGAGCUGGCCGCAGAGUCUUUGCAAAACGUCAAGUUCAUACAGGAGAAGAAACUCAUCGGAAGAUACUUUGACGAGAUCUCACAGGACACGGGCAAGUACUGCUUCGGAGUGGACGACACGCUGCGGGCGCUGGAGCUGGGCGCCGUGGAGACGCUCAUCUGCUGGGAGAACCUCGACAUACAGCGAUAUGUCCUGAAGUCGCACGCCACCAACCAAGAGACCAUCCUUCAUCUCACGCCCGAGCAGGAGAAGGACAAGUCACAUUUCACCGAUAAGGAAAGCGGCGUGGAGCUGGAGCUGGUGGAGUGCCAGCCGCUGCUGGAGUGGCUCGCCAACAACUACAAGUCCUUCGGGGCCACGCUGGAGAUCAUCACCGACAAGAGCCAGGAGGGCUCCCAGUUCGUGCGGGGCUUUGGUGGCAUCGGCGGUCUCCUGCGCUACAAGGUCGAUUUCCAGUCGAUGCAGCUCGAUGACGAAGAAAUCGACAACCUUUACGACAUCGACGACUACUGAAAACCUGCAACAACCCGCAACUUGCAAUAAACAUGUUACAGUAUACUAAGAAAAAAAAAAUUAAAAUUAAAAAAGUUGAUUCUCCCUUGGUUUUCAUUCUCCUCGCUUUUUAGAUUGUUGGUAAAUAAAUUGGAUGUAACGCAACAAGUGGUAUUUAAUUUUUAUUUAAUAUUUUUUUUUAUACACAGUAUUGAUGGAUGUUGAAGUUAUUGUUCGGAUAUUGUCAAUACACUAGUUAAAUAAAAUGUUUUAAAAGACA